CUCGUUCAUGUUGUCAACGAACAACCCAUCAUGACAGGACAGGAUCCAUCUUUCCCGGAAUCCAGGAUUCCCUGUCAUGCCCUUCCUGCUCCUGGACCUGGUAGAGCUCAGAGCCCCCAGUGCCCCAUGAUCCAUCAAUUGCCGGGAUUCAUUAUGAUGAGUCCUAGUGUCCUCGAUCUGUCUGAGCGCUCACUCAUUCCAGUCAGACGCUUUGACAAUUUCCAAGGCCAUGGUGCAGGUUCCUGGACGAAACAUGCAUAGCCUUAUAGAUCAAACG